AUGGAUGAGCGGGAGAAGCUCAUCGCUUUCAUCAGCCAAAACAAGGCAUUAACCCACGUCAAUUCCGCCACCUGGGCUUGUCUAUGGUUCGCCGAUGUGGUCAAGCUAAAGGAACUGGUCUACAAAUUGACAUCUGGACGAGGAGAAUGCCUUUACGAGGCGCUCUAUACUGAGAGUGUGCCCAGAGCCUUGAAGAGCCGUCAGUACAUCUUGUCGCUGCCAGUUCUGUCUCACUGCCAUCCGUAUCGUGCUAACCUCUCUUAUCUGUCGAUAGUGGUCAACAUGAGCGACCUUACGAACGAACCAUUGAAGACCGAAGGCCUCUUAAAUCCUGUCGCCGCCUCAAUCUACCUGAAGCUUCUCAAGCAGAAACCGGGGGCGGACUUUCUCAAGGGACAGCUAGACUUAUGGAAUAUCAUGAGGACAUGUUGGCACAAAGAAACUCUAAUCCCAUGGACUGCAGCCCUGUUCGGACUCGAGCCUCUGAAGCUCACUCACGGCGGAAAGCAUCUCGAAGCUCGCUUCUUCUGGCUGCCGAAGGCAGAAUACAACCCAAGCGUUCCUCUGAUGACCAGGCCUAGUUUAGCCGGCGAUAUAGAGUGUUAUAGGCUUGGACGUCAGUUUGGCAUCAAAUCUGGAGAGGUGGUGGUAUUCAAAACCGAUAAUCCGAUGAUCGACCCGCUUCCCUCUUGGGAUCUGCUGCAUUUGCAGUGGACGCUGAAUCGGGUACUCGCUGCUAGCGGUGUCAUCGACUUGGUUGAGAAGGAUAUUGGAGAUGAUAGUUCGAGUGAAAGCUUAGUGGAGUCAUUUAAAUCUUUUGAGGAGACGAACGAGGAGAACGACGAUGAAGGCAAUGACGAGGAGGAGGAUGAGGUGGUGACGGAGUCGUCCUCUGAGGAAGAGCCGGCCCAUGAUGUUGGUCAAGGUUGGAUUCUUUGGUAA